GCAGGGAGCGACAUAAAGAGUUCACAUUCCCACUCUGUCGAUAAUUCGACUGGGCAAGAAGAGCUCGACCGCUUAGCUUCCUUUACCAAAUCGAAUAGACCACGCGACCAGGCGUAUAUCGUCUUGCCUAGUAGUAAAAGUUGUAGAGCUGCAUCUCACAAACGAGAGGAAGAAUGACGAGACGCACACUACUUGUGCUGCUAGCUACACUUGUGGCAUCAUGUGUCACAAUCAGCGCGCAACAACCACAACAACCUCCGCUACCCACCGGAGUCUCCACGCAGCACUCUCACCAGCACCCGCAGCCUCGACCACUAACCCCUUCUCAAAAGCGCGCGCUUUCUCAGCUGCGCCUCCGCGCUCCCCGAGCCGCCAAAAUCAUCCUCAACCGCCUCAAGAGUCGCCAGCCCCCAUUCACGGCUGUCGCCCAAGAAUCGUACGAAAUCGCCAGCUCCCUCCAGCUCGCGGCCUCCCGCGCGCUUUCCUGGCUACAACCAAACCCUUCCGCCGAUUCCUCCCCGCAAUCCCCCCGCGACCCCUCCCUCCUCUCCCGCUUCCUUUCCGCCAUGCGCCCCGCGGGCCUCACCGCCGGCGCAAGCAACCGCCGCGCUCUGGUCCAGAACCCCAAGGCGGGCCAUCACUUCUUGAAAGGCGGGCACCACGGGCUGAAAGGGGGGCACCACGGGCUCUCAGGGGGGCACCACGGGCUGACAGGCGGGCAUCACGGCCUGAAAGGCGGGCAUCACGGGGUGAAGGGGGGCCAUCACGGGCCGGGCGGCGGGCACCACGGCAAGGAGAAGUGGCUGAGGAUGCAGGUGAAGCGCCCCGCAAAGGACGGGCUCAAGAUCGGGUCGACUAAAAGCGCGGGCGAUUCCAACGGCGCGCUGUCGGGAGAUUUCGGGUCGGGGUCCGGGUCGGGGUCGGGGUCGAAUUACGGGUCGGGAUCGGGUUCGAACUCCGGGUCGGACGUUUCGUCGACUUUCUCCGUGACGGAAUUCGGCGCGGACGGCGGCGGCUCGAGCGACGCCUCCAAAGCCUUCGCGGCCGCAUUCGCCGCGGCGUGCAAGGAAGCGUCGUCGUCCGACAAAAAAACCGGCAUCGUAAUCCCCUCGGGAAGAACCUUCCUCGUGAAGCCUGUCGUGUUCGAGGGGCCGUGCGGGCCGGGCGUGCAGUUCAGACUCGACGGCACCGUCGUGGGACCGUCGGACCCGGGGCAAUACAACAACCCCGGGUCGGGCACGUACGGCAUACUGAACUUCCGCGGGAUCCCGGGGCUGGAGGUCGUGGGCGGCGGGCUGGUGAACGGGAAUGCGGAGGAGUGGUGGAAGAAGGGCGGCGACGAGCGGCCGCAGAACAUCGUCAUCGUGGAGUGCCACGGGGUGCUCGUCUCCGGGAUCACAUCCAAAGACCCCGCGUUCAAGCACCUGUUCUUCUACGAGAACAAUGGCGUGACGGUGCGCGGCGUGACGACGAUGGCGCCCGAGGAGAGCCCGAACACGGACAGCCUGCACCUGUCGUACGUGCAGGACGCGCUCAUCGAGAACUGCGAGUUCUCUAGCGGAGACGACAAUGUCGCGAUCAUCAACGGCACGUCGCGAGUGCUGAUCCAAAAUAUCGUCGGGAACUCCGGCCACGGGAUCAGCAUUGGAAGUCUCGGGAAGGACAAGGACACGAGCUGCGUGUCGGACAUCACGGUGCGCAAGUCCAUCCUGCGCAAUACCGCCAACGGGCUGCGGAUCAAGACGUGGCAGGGCGGCAAGGGCAAGGUCUCGGGGAUCCACUUCGACGACAUGAUUCUCGAAAACGUUGGUAACCCGAUUCGCAUCGACCAGUUCUACUGCAACAGCGAGCCGUCGCGGUCCUGCGGGACGUCUGGCAGCGCCGUCGCGAUUUCGGACGUCACGUUUCAGAACGUCCAGGGAACGACGUCCAAAGGCGAGGGGAUAAAAAUCGACUGCUCCGAUACAGUCCCCUGCAGUAACAUCCUCCUCGCUAAUAUCAACCUCCAGCCCGUGGCAGGGGGAAACCCGCUGGAGCCGUUUCUCAAUAGCGCGUAUGUGACUGUAGAGGGGCAGGUGGUGCCUCAAUUGAAGGACGUCAAGAGCAGCCCGAGCUCGGGGCUGCUUUCAGCGGUGAAGGAGAUGCAAGGGUACUGCUGAUGGGCGUGCUGGGUGGGCGGCAAGGGGCUCUGUGCAGGGGUGUGAUGGACAAAUUGCAGGAGGGUGCUGCCUAUGGGCGUGGUGGGAGGGCUGUGGGUGGAGGGUACUGCUAACAGGGUGGAGGUGAGGGUGGUGGGGGGUGUGGGGGCGAAAGGGCAUGACCUAGGUUAGCAUUGACAAGUGAACGUCUGUCAGAACCUUUCUGACAGCAGCAGCGGCAGCAGCAGUGACAUUAGGUAGCAGUAGCAGAAGCAGCUGCAGCACGUGUAACAGAGAUGGUGUAGUGUUAGCAACAGCAGUAGCGGCAGGAUGGGGAUCAGAGAUGUCAGCAACAGCAGCGGCAGCAGCAGCAGCAGAUUCUUUGGACAAGGGGGGCGCAAUCCUACCGUAUGUAGGCUCUACUGAGGAAGGCUUUACUGGGAAAGGGUUAGGGGAACCAGGGGUCAAGGCCUUGGGGACUUGGGAUCUGAUGCCAUUCAGUUGGGCAUCGGGUUUGAGGAAUGGACGGUUGGGAUUGGGAGAUAGGGUCAGCAGAGCCAGGAGUGCUCAUCUCCCUUCAUGUAGGGGAUAGGGGCACACAUGGGGGUCUCUCGUCUCAUGUUGUACUUGUAUGACCUAUGCAAUUAUCAGAGAUUUCAGUCU